AUGGUCACCAUCAUUCUUUCCACCCUUACUGCCAGCCACCCUGCUUUCAAGACAGUCAUACUUUUGAUAACCUACUGGGCAGACCUGCCAGUGACCAUUGUUCAGAAGCUCCCGACAGCAAGGCACAUGGAUGGACUUAGCCCUACAUCUUGCCGCUAUGUCGUUCAUUACAAGGAAGCAGUCCGUGAAUGCCAAUGUAUGCGUCUCUUCAUGACGUACUGGGAACUCGAGGAAACGAACAGGCUGCGCACUCUCCUUAUGUCUUUAUAUGCCGAAACAAACAUGGAGUUCCAUAGAGCGGAGCAACAUGCUCAAGCGCUAUUGAAAACACUUAUUACCAAGCAGUCGCUGACUCAUGUUGCGGAUGAUGCUCAAUAUCUCAAUACAGCGAGCCAAUCUAACAAGACAUCUCUUCGAGAGACUGAUGCUCAACUUGAUCUCAUGAGAGAUCACAUCAUGCAGAGGCUGCCGGUCAAGCUGUCUGCUGAGGACUCAGAUAGUCCAUCACAUUGUAUUAGAGACAGCCCCAGUACCACUCAUGACAAGUCAAUAUCGAUGAAGACACUUGCACACCCAAGACACUUCAAAUCAGUAGUACUUUACAUCGACAACGUCAGUGCUGACUUGGACAGCAAGAACUUCAAUUCACAAUGA